AUGAGCGGCAGCUCUUGGAGUGCGUCUUGUGAGGGAAACCUGACAACCAGGUUUUUGGUUACAUUUUUUAUUGGUUUCUUAAAGAUUGCUGUGGCUGUACGUGUUCCUGUCGCUCAACUGCACUGUCAACUCUUCAGGAUGUGGUUUCUGAUAUUUUUGGUGUGUCUCCUAAUUUGGGCUGGUGGAACGUAUUGGUACCUGUUCGGCAAGCCAAGUCCAUUUACACUGGAGUGCUUGAGGCCCCCAGGACCUUAUGAGGUGGACCAGAGGAAAAGAGACAAGGUGUUAAAACAAGGAUUUACAAGGGAGAGGGUUCCAGCAAAUCUGGAUGCCAUUGUAAUUGGAAGUGGGAUUGGAGGAAUGACGGCCGCAGCCACACUGGCCAAAGUGGGGAAGAAAGUCCUAGUCUUGGAGCAGCAUGACAUGGCAGGGGGCUGCUGCCACACUUACACAGAGAAGGGAUUUGAGUUUGAUGUUGGACUUCACUACAUCGGUCAGCUGCAUGAGAACAGUCUGUUCAGGAUCAUUAUGGACCAGAUCACUGAGGGCCAGCUGGAGUUUGUGAAGCUCGAUCAGCAUUUUGACAGUAUUGUGAUUGGCACCGGAGAGGAACAGAGAGACUACAGCAUCUACACCGGCAAAACUGAGAUGGAACAGCACCUGAAGAAGCAGUUUCCUGAUGAUGUUAAAGCUGUGGAGGAGUUCUUUAAGAUCAUGAAGGUCACAGCCAGAAAGACUCAUUACUUGGCCACCCUAAAGCUUAUUCCACAGUGGUUGGCUCUGUUCCUGCUCAAGAGUGGUAUCGCUGACCUCUGCUCAUCCAUUUUUCACCUCUCAGGCUCCAGUGCCACAGAUGUCAACAACAGACUGACGAGUAACAAGGAUUUGCAUUUGAUCUUCUCAUAUUUCUUCUAUGGCGUUCCUCCUAAAGACUCCAGCUGUAUGAUCAAUGCACUGCUGCUGCACCACUACAAGCGUGGUGCAUACUACCCCAAAGGGGGCGCCAGUGAGAUCCCAUUCCACAUCACUAAAGUCAUACAUAAAUAUGGGGGCAAUGUGCUGGUCCGUGCUCCUGUCAACCGUAUCCUGGUUGAUGAAAAAGGAGCUGCAUAUGGAGUGACAGUCAGGAAAGGUGAUGAGGAUGUGGAGGUGCGAGCUCCUGUGAUCAUCUCCAACUGUGGAAUCUUCACCACCUUCCAGAAGCUCUUACCUCCAGAGAUACAGGUCAAGCCAGAGAUCCAGAAUCGUCUGGAUAUGAUGAAGCCUGGGAAAGGGUCAUUUCUCCUGUUCUCAGGAUUUGAUGCGACUCAGGAAGAGCUGGGCAUCGUGUCCACCAACUUCUGGCUCUUUAAAUCCAAUGACAUGGAUAGCAUGAUGGAUGAUUUCUUCAGUAUGGGUAAGGAUGAGGCACCAGACAACAUUCCCAUGAUGUUCAUUACUUUUCCCUCAGCCAAAGACCCCACAUCACAGACCCGUCAUCCAGGCAAGUCAUGUAUGACCAUCUUGACUAUGGUCAAUUAUGAAUGGUUUGAAGAGUGGAAGGACACUACAGUAAGAAAAAGAGGAGAUGAUUAUUUUAACUAUAAGAUGAGAUUUGCCAAUAACCUCUUUGACUGGGCCUGCAGCCACUUCCCCAAACUCAGAGAGAAGCUGGUUUUCCAGGAGGCUGCCACUCCUCUUACAAACACACACUACCUCGGCUCUCAGAGGGGCGCCAUGUACUCCGCUGAGCACAACUUGGACCGCUUCUAUGCAGAGGCCAUUGCUCGAAAUAGAUGCGAUACCCCCGUCAAAAACCUUUACUUGUCAGGUCAGGAUGUGUUUAGCUGUGGAAUUGCAGGUGCAUUGCACGGAGGCCUCCUCUGUGCAUCCACAGUUCUAAAUCACAUUGUGUACAUCGACCUCUUGUUUGUCAAGAAAAAACUGAAGUGGAAGAAAGCAAAAGAGAUGGCCAGACUGUCCAAGCAGAAGCUGCAGUGAUGAAACUCUGCUGCCUCUGCAGGAUGGAGGGAGAACUACACACUGCAUUCCCACAUAAUCAUGCCUUUUUAAGCACUGAAUUAAUAAGAUCAACUUAUUUCUACAGAAAAAGAAGGAAGUGGAUAUUUAUCAACUCUUAAUCACUAGGCUGGGCUGUUUUUACUUCAUAAGGCAACAGUUAAAACUUUGUUUGUAAAGGUAUAAUAGGGACAGCCUUCAACAUGUAAAGUUAUGCAUAAUGUCCAUUUAUAAAUGUAGUCUUUUGUUAUUGUGAAUUUGUAAAUGUAAAGUAAUUUACACAUGUGUGUAAUAAUAAUUUUCACUAUGCCUGAAGAACAACCUUGAAACCAAAUAAGAGCAUACACAUUUAUUAUCAGUAAUAGAUACAGUAAUAUUACUUGGA